GUCAAAGUUGAACCUGCGCCAGGUGCGGAUGAUCUGUUUCCGCUACUCUGCUCGAAGAGCUCUUUAGGGACGUCAUCGUGCCGUGUAUUAAGAAUAUUGCUGUGUGUUUGUGUUUUGAUUUUAAUUGUGGGACUUUGAUUUUGAAUUCAAUACUGGGAAAUAAACACACACAACAACUAAUUACAUAUUGGCAUAAACAUAAACACGGGUUGGCCUUAAUGCACCAAUAUGUCUUCGGCAACGGCGCAAUUGUGGCUCAUUGGUUGCUUACUAAUUGUGAAUCAGUGUUGCACGAGCGGCUACCAAGAGGAGGGUCGCCAUCCGUGCGCCUUCAUCGAUACGGUGAACAUAACAGGUAGCUACCGCAUGGAUGGCUCCCUGAACAACUCCUACGUGCACAACUGGACGGUUAUUCCCAAGGAGUUCGUCACUGACUACGACUUUGUGAUUGAGAAUGGCAUACGGGUGCCGACCGAGCGGCAUCUGCGUGCCUGCAUCUGCAAGCAGCGACCUUGUGUGCGCUUCUGUUGCCCCAACGGACAGCUGUACGAUCUGCAGGAUCACAAGUGUGUGCCACACUCUGCGGAGCAUCCACAACCGCCUGGACACAGUCACAUGACAGUUGGGCUGAGGAAUGGCACGCAACUGCAAAUGGAGAUUGCAUCCAGAUUUAGUGUUCAUGUGGAGACACCCUGCGAUAAUAUGAGAGCGGUGAUCAAAGACGGCGACUACUUCAACUGGACGUUGUAUGAGGAUGGUUCGAUAAUCCAUCGGGAGCAUCUGUUCACCAAGCAUUACUGUUACACGCUCGUCUUGUUAGGGAACAGGACCUGGAGCUGGCAGCCUUUGGCCUGUGCUCCCGAGAAAAUUCACUUUGUUCUGGGCGUCCGCGAGUGGACUUAUGCUAUAUGCCUUCUGAUCUGCAUUAUAUCGAUGUUUAUCGUAUUGAUUGUGCAUUUGGCGUGCUCGCAAAUGCGUAAUAGUUUCUAUGGCGUUGCAGUAAAGGCCUACACAACGUGUGUUAUUAUUGGCUAUGCACUGUUGGCUCACCUCACACUGCACAAUCCAGCCAAUCUGUCAACAGCUGGCUGUCGGAUCAUACCCAGCUUUGCGCUGCUCUUCUUGGUGCUUUCCUUCUAUAUACUGAGCUUCAUUUCGUUCAAAUUGUAUCUGAGCUUCCAUGGAGUUGUCCUCACCAAGCUGAUGUUCUGGAUGAUUCUUGGACCGAUCGUCCUGAUUGCCAUUGGCUGGUCUUUCUUUGUGGGCUUUAGCUAUCAUGGAGCAAAGUUGGUCUUUGGAGGCGAUACAUGUUGGUUCGAUCCCCGCACUUGGACGGUUAUGAUUUAUUUCUUUGCUCCAAUUUUCAUUGCCUGUGCAAUAAGCAGUUUCUUUUAUAUACUCACACUGAUUAAGAUUGACGAUGAGCACGAUCACGAUUCGGAGAAGAGUUUCGAGUCGUUGGAGAAGAAUCGCCUGAGUUCCUUUUGGAAGUUCUUCACCUACACUGCACUCACGUAUUUGGUAUGCGUCUGUUCCUUUGCCUUCAACUAUUGGCGCAAAGAGAAAUCGCAUUUGAACUAUGCCGUUUGCUUUUGCACGGCUUUUCAUGGAUUUGCGGCGCUAUAUGCGUUAAUCGGAAAGAAUCAACAGAUUCAGCUCUUUCUGCUACGCAUCAACGAAAAUAAUGAUGAGGACACCUGUGAGAACUCUGUGCCAAUGACCAUAUAUUAAAUAUCAAUUCAUUUUCACACUGGAACUGCAUAGUUUUCUACAGUUGUGGGGUCAUUGUGCACAAUAAGCCAUGCCACAAUCCACAAGGCAGUGACUAGAAGCUUUGCUUGCAGUUUGGACACAAACCCAAAUUGUCUUUGAUUUGAAACGUACAGUUUGAAAGCUUUCUGAUAAUUAACGGACUUUAAUAUAUUUGAAUAAAUCAUUUAAUGCUUAGUGAACAGAA